UCCGCAAAGGCGUUCCCCUGGAGCACCGGGCCCGCAUCUGGAUGGGCGUGAGUGGCGCCCAAGCCCAAAUGGAACAGAACCCUGGCUACUACCACAGGCUCCUCCAGGGAGAGAGGAACGACAGCUUGGAGGAAGCAAUCAGGACAGAUAUGAACAGGACCUUCCCAGACAAUGUAAAAUUCCGAAAAACUUCAGAUCCCUGUUUACAAAAGACCCUGUACAACGUGCUGCUGGCAUAUGGGCAUCAUAACCGAGGUGUGGGGUAUUGCCAGGGAAUGAAUUUUAUAGCAGGAUAUCUGAUUCUUAUAACAAAGAAUGAAGAAGAAUCAUUUUGGCUACUAGACGCUCUUGUUGGAAGAAUAUUACCUGAUUACUAUAGCCCAGCGAUGCUGGGUCUGAAGACGGACCAGGAAGUCCUCGGUGAGCUGGUGAGGAUGAAGAUUCCAGCAGUGGCUGACCUGAUGGAGGGGCACGGUGUCCUGUGGACCCUGGUCGUAUCUCGCUGGUUUAUUUGCCUGUUCAUCGAUAUCCAGCCUGUGGAGACUGUGCUCCGAAUUUGGGACUGUUUAUUCAAUGAAGGCUCAAAAAUUAUCUUCCGGGUGGCCUUAACGUUAAUUAAACAACAUCAGGCCUUUAUUUUGGAGGCCACCAGUUUUCCAGACAUUUGUGAUAAAUUCAAGCAGAUUACAAAAGGAAAUUUUGUAACAGAAUGUCACACAUUUAUGCAGAAAAUAUUUUCAGAACCUGGACGCUUAUCCAUGACAACCAUUACCAAGCUUCGAGAGAGCUGUCGAGCCAGGCUGCUCACUCAGGGGUUUCAAGACAGUCCUCUCAGGAGAAAGGUGUUUAAAAUGGUGGUGCUGAGGUAAGGCUGCCCAGGAGCCCACAGCCUCAUCUGGAGGAAGG